GUCUGCCAAAAGGAACAGCAUCAAUUGGUUGGGUAAGUCUAACUGGCAGCCAUGGGUACUGACUGAGAGACCUAGGAAGCUGAACCAAGCCCUGGCAGGGAGAGGUUGGUAUCGGAGGCCUGGGCUGAUUUCUAAUGAAAGUUUAAGCCCCAGUUAUGACUGUUACAAAGAGAAGAAAAGUGGCUGAUGAUGAGCAUGCAGCUCAAAAAGACAAUGUAUAUAAAAAUAUGCAAGAAUCACAGGAAACCCACAUAUCCAACCACCUAGAUGAAAUUGUUGCUGCUGUCAGUAUCACUCCUAGAAAGAAGAUCCCAAACAAGUUGCCCCAGACAGCACUCUUCCAGCCUCCUCGGGAGAAACUCCACCUUUAUGAAGAGAAAGUAAAGUCCUUCUCUAGCAGUCACGAAUAUAAACAGGCUGUCCAUGAGCUUGUGCGUUGUGUAGCACUGACAAGAAUUUGCUAUGGAGACCCACACUGGAAACUAGCAGAGGCCCAUGUUCAUCUGGCUCAAGGCUACCUCCAGCUGAAAGGAUUUUCACUGCAAGCAAAACAACAUGCAGAAAAAGCCAAAGAAAUCCUUGCCAACUCUCUUGUGCCUCCCUAUAAUGACAACACAGAUGUUUUCAAGUGUUCCAUUGAGCUUUUCCAUACCAUGGGGAGAGCCUUACUUUCCCUUCAAAAAUUUAAGGAAGCUUCAGAGAACCUGACAAAAGCAGAGAGACUGUCAAAGGAACUGCUACAAUGUGGACGAAUUAUAAAGGAAGAAUGGAUGGAAAUUCAAGCACAGAUCAAAUUGUCAUUUGCACAGGUGUAUCAAGGUCAAAAGAAAUCGAAAGAAGCUUUGCCCCACUAUCAAGAGGCUUUGGAAUAUGUGGAAAUCAGUAAAGGUGAAAAGAGUCUUGAGUGCGUACCAGUACUGAGGGAAUUAGCAGGUGUAGAGCAAGCCCUGGGAUUCCAUGACACAUCCAUCAACCACUUCCUACAGGCACAUCUCAUCAUCCUGAGUAGAAGCCCCUCUCAAGAGGAGGCAGCGGACUCUGCACGCUUCGUCGCCCACGCUGCCGUUGCUUCUGGGAAACCUGAGCACCAUGAUGUGGCUGAGCAGUAUUUUCAAGAGAGCAUGGCUCAUCUUAAGGAUUCUGAAGGGGUGAGAAGAGCCAAAUUUCUUUCAAUUCAAGAUGAAUUUUGCCAUUUUCUACAAAUGAUUGGACAAAAAGAGAGAGCAACCUCAAUCCUGAGAGAAUCCCUGGAAGCCAAAGUUGGAGCAUUUGGUGAUUUCAGUCCAGAGGUGGCAGAGACAUACCGGUUCCUGGGCGGGGCAGACCUGGCACAGGGAAACCACAGCGGGGCCCACAGGAAACUGAAGAAGUGUCUUCAGAUUCAGACCCUCUUGUAUGGACCACAGGACAAGAGGACUCUAGCCACGCAGCAGACCCUGGACAUCCUGUCCACGACCCCUGAGGUUGCCACAAAGCCAAGACAAGUUUCAAAAGCCAGAGUGGCCUUUGGCACCAGCAUCCCUCAGCAUACUGUGCUGGGGAAGGCCAGGACCAGCACAGCGGACUGAGACCCCCCUACCCCAAAGCAAGCUUGGGGCAGGCCCGGCACUGCCAUUGAAGGUGCUAUACAAAUCUCUCUACAAGAAGAUGGAAUUCAGGAGUCAGAAUGCAGAUUUUCAAGGCCAAAUGUUUGCUCUAACAUGCAUCAGUGAUACCUUAAACCUCCCGGGGGCCACAUUUUAACAGUGGAUGCCCUUCAGGGUGAUAUAUAUGCUAUAACAUAUUUUUCUUUUUAUCACCUAAGUGGUUUUUCUUGCCAACAAGGAUUUUUACUCAUCAGCACUUCUGCAGCUGAAAGACUUCAGAAUUUCAGAACCUCCUGUGCAGGAAAGUCGAUUGUACACAUCAUGGCUCCUCGCACACGUCUGGAGUCAGAUUUGGAACAAUAAUGUUCUGGAAAAAGCCCUUUCUUGUAGAACGCUAAUAGGGACUGAGAAUAAAGUGCUAAUAAAGGCAACUUGGAA